AUGGCUGCUGCAAGGUCCAAGUGUGGAAAUGGGCAGUGCAUAUUAUCUCAUUGGAAAUGCGAUAAAAUAAAGAAUUGUAUGGACGGAAGUGACGAGGUUGGCUGUGGUAGCUGUUCGAGCAGCCAGUUUCGCUGCAGAAGUGUUAAUCAAUGCAUCAGUGCCAGCUAUGUGUGCGAUAAAGACAACGACUGUGCCGACGGAUCUGAUGAAGCAGGCUGUCCAAGUCCACACGGUGGUAAAUGUGGAUUCAACUCUUUCCGUUGCGAUAACAACAGAUGCAUACAUUGGACAAAAGCUUGUAAUGGUAGACGUGAUUGUACGGAUGGCUCCGAUGAAACAGGUUCAAGGUGUAGAAGUCAUGCAUUUUCUGGAAAGAAACGAAGUGAAAUUCCGAGAGGUGUCCCAGGUGCGGCUAAAGAUGGUGAAUCGGGAACUUUUGCACAUUAA